AUGUAUGAAACAGAUCAUGUUCAAGAUGGAUUCUGCCUAUUCUAUUAUGUACAGGAUGAUAUUGUUGGAUAUAGGAAACCAUAUAUCCUUGCUCAUCAAACAAUAUCGUAUUGUCUUCGAUCAUCAGGAGAUAACAUUCUCAUUCCGAAUUUCAAUUUCGAUCCCAGGUCGAACAAUCCCAUACUCGGAUCCCACCGGAUCCCAUCGAAUCCUAUCGGAUCCAAUACUGAAUUUUACCGGAUCCUACAGGAAUUCGACGGAUCCGAUGCAAUCCUGGUGACGGAAUCGCAUUGGAUUCCGACGGUCUCGGAUCCGAUCGGAUCCUACGUCGGAUCUCGUCGGAACCGAAACAUGGAUUUCCUGGAUUUUCUAAGGGCCAUCAUAGAAUAUAGCUAG